AUUUAACUCCUCCUCCUCCUAUAUAAAGCCUGCUCUCGAGUUGUCCGCUCAACUCAGUAUCGUCCUUCAUUCUACUUAUACGGCAGAGAGAGAGAGAGAAGGGGAAUGGUGUUCUUUUGUUUUCUAGUAGAUCAGAAGCGGAAGGUGAGUAACAAGAAACCUGCGGCAGGGAUCUGUUCGCGAUGCGGUGGCGGAGCCAGCGUUGCCGAUAUGAAAACGUUGACGAGAUUCUGUUACGUUCCAUUCUACUGCAAAUCUUGGCGAGCGAUCAUCUGUACCUUCUGUGGAGCCACUCUUAAAUCCUAUAGAUAGAUAGAUAGAUCAAAUAUUAGAGCUCCAGCUCUAUUUUAUUCUUACAUCGAUCUGUAUAUAGUGCCGAAGCUAUGCUAUUUCUUUCAAUUUCGAGUCCACAUACUCCUCAA